CCAGAAACGCCAGCCCAUCGAACUCUCUCCCCUGAAGCCCCACCCGGCAGUUGACGACCAGCUCCAAGCCCGUCCGCCCGCGAGCGACGCCGGCGAUCUCCCCAUCUGGACUCCGGCUGCGGCGACCUUCCCCGGCCACCUUCUCCGCUCCUGAAUCCGCUCCCUUCUCCGCCGGCGCCAUGAAUUACAUCAUAGGCGCCUUCAAGCCUCCCUGCGACAUCUUCGUCACCUUCUCCGAUGAGAGGGGCCGGAAGCAGGUCCCCAUCAAGAAGGAUAACGGGAAGACGGCGAUGCUGCCCUCGUUCCAGAGCCUGGAGACGAUAGCAGGAGAGGUGUCGAUAGCGCCGGUUCCGGGUAAAAGGAUUGAGCACACGGGUGUUAAGAUUGAGCUGCUUGGUCAGAUAGAGUUAUAUUUUGACAGAGGCAACUUCUAUGACUUCACUUCAUUGGUGCGUGAAUUAGAUAUUCCUGGUGAAAUAUAUGAAAGAAAGACAUAUCCAUUCGAGUUUUCUACUGUUGAAAUGCCAUAUGAGUCAUAUAAUGGAACAAAUGUCAGACUGAGAUACAUCCUGAAAGUGACGAUUGGUAGAAACUAUGUUGGCAAUAUUGUGGAAUCUCGGGAUUUCUGCGUAAGAAACUAUUCUCCUCUUCCUUCAAUCAACAACAGUAUCAAGAUGGAAGUUGGAAUUGAAGAUUGCUUGCACAUUGAAUUUGAGUACAGCAAAAGCAAGUACCAUCUCAAGGAUGUGAUUGUAGGAAAGAUCUAUUUUCUUCUAGUCAGAAUAAAGAUAAAAAACAUGGAGCUUGAGAUUCGUCGUCGUGAAUCAACAGGAUCAGGUCCUAACACAUAUGUUGAGACUGAGACACUUGCAAAAUUUGAGCUGAUGGAUGGUGCCCCAGUUAGAGGAGAAUCUAUUCCAGUAAGGUUAUUCUUGACUCCAUACGAGCUAACCCCAACUUACCGCAACAUAAACAACAAGUUCAGUGUCAAAUACUACCUGAACCUGGUCCUUGUCGACGAGGAAGACCGGAGGUACUUCAAGCAGCAAGAGAUCACGAUGUUCCGCCUUGAGGAGACUCCGCAGCAAUCGUCAUAGGCUCCGUACUCUUGCUUCUGGAAUCUGCCAGUAGCGUUUCUCUCAAAUGUCAACAACUUGGCACGAUGUGCAUUCCUGUACAGAAACUCUCGAGAAGAGCCAUGCAGUUCCUAAGUACCGUGUGUCAUUGCCCCUUUCGUUCUGCCUUCUUCACUCCUUCCAUGUUGGUAGGAUACAACCAUUUCUACAUUCUGGUACUGAUGUCCUUUCGCCCUGUUUAUUUUCUGGCGUGUAGACGUCUUGGGAUAACCAUCUCUGCUGCUACUUUGCUUCAUGAGUUUUAGUUCAGUUGAACUUGAUGAUGUAUUGUGGUCACUGUCACAUCGUCUAGUUGCAUAAAGUUUCUGUAUUUUCCUCUCCUUUUUCUCAGCUAUGAUUUAACGUUAA